GUACCAGCAGGCAAAGCAGGCGGAGCCAGACAACCUCAUCAUCGGGAUGAUGGCGGUCUUGGGAAGCGCAGACGUGCCCGAGGGCGUUCGGAGGCAUGACUGUGUCCUCUUGCGCCAGCUGGUGACAAGGGGAGCCGAGAAGGAUUUCGUGUACGCAAGGAUAAGUGAUGCGCACAAGCGGGAGGUUGCUACAGAGCUGCUGCGGCAAUACGAGCAGGAGAAAACACCUUCGAUUCAGAAAAAGAUUGGCGAGGUCAUCUCCAAGCUUGCAGACUACGUUUGCGACACGGACGAUCCGAGAGCAAGCUUGGGUGCUCCGUCGGGAUGGCCUGCUUUGCUGCCACAGGUCUUUAGAAUGGCCAACACUAGCACAGCCCUCUCCGUGGAGAGCUGUGAGUCAGCUCUUCGUUUACUGAAGGACUGCGUGCCCACGUUGAAAGACCAGAUCGUCGCAGCAAAGCAAGAGCUGGGCCAGAUCAUUCAGAAUGGUUUGGCUUCGCCCCAGGUGAAGCACAAAGUGGCGACUUUCCUUUUGGUCUGUGAAAUAGUUACCGAGACGGAGAAGAAAGCAUGGGCUCCGCUUCUUUCCACCGUGAGCGUGCUUGUGCAGGUGCUCACGGCAUUGGCACAGGCCAAGGAGGAGGAGCUCCUGCAAGAGUGCAUCCAGGCAUUUACAGAUGUGGCCACUGUGGAGCCCGACUUCUUCAAGGCUCAGCUGCAGCAAACGAUGGAGCCCGCCAAGUUCAUGGCCACAGUCGCAAGGACCAGGGAGAUUGACUCUGGUCUUCGUGGGCUUGCCAUUGAGUGGCUCGUGAGCUUUGUAGAGAAGAGGGCAAAGUUCCUCAGCAAGUCUGCCCCCGACUUCAUCAACCUUACGCUAGAGUGCUGCAUGAGCCUCAUGCUAGAGGUGGAUGAGUCUGAAGACAAGCUGAAGGAAUGGAUAGAGCGCAUGGACGACGAAGAGGGCGAGGAGGAUGAGGAUGAGCUCUUCCACACCGGCGAGGAGUGCAUCGACCGUGUGGCAGAGGCAGCCACAAUGGAGGCUAUUGGGCCCGGCUUGUUCCGGUUGAUUGCCCAUUUUGCCGCACAGGAAUCCUGGCAAGCGAAGCACGCGGCGCUUGCAGCUGUGAAGCAGACAGUCGAGUAUGUAGAGGAAGAGCAUGUGGAUGAAAUGGCAAAGCUCUUGCUGGGACAUGUUGACCAUCCGCAUCCCAGGGUGCGCUUCACUGCUCUUCAUGGUCUCGGUCAGCUUGCCAACGACCAGUCGCCCCACUUUCAGGAGAAAUCUCACCAGCAAGUCAUGCCGGUGCUGACCAGAAAGAUGGAUGAUCAGGUGGACCGCGUAGCCGCGAUGGCUAUGUCGGCGUUUGUUUCCUUUGGGGAGGAGCUGGACAACUCGCUGAUGCACGGGUAUGCGCGGCCUUUGAUGGAGAAGCUGGUCAUGAAGCUUCAAGGUUCUCAACAUCGGGGGGUCCGAGAGGAGGCCAUCACUUCGAUCGCAGUCAUUGCAGGUGUGAUGGAGCAGGACUUUGUGCAGUACUACGACAGCAUCAUGCCGAUGUUGAAGCAAUUCGUGAUGACUGCGACCAGCAAGAAGGAGAACCGUCUUCGUGGCAAGUCUUUCGAGUGCAUGUCGCUGCUUGGCAUUGCCGUUGGAAAGGAGAAAUUUCUGAAUGAUGCAAGGGAAGCCAUCGGAGCAAUGAUGAACACACAGGUGGAGGCUGAUGAUGUCCAAAGGGAGUACAUCAAGGAGGCCUCCGAGCGAAUCUGCACUUGCCUCAAGAAGGACUUCAAGCCUUUCUUGCAGCCGCUUCUGCCGGGAAUCUUCAGGAAUCUUCGCUUCGACGACCUGAAUGAACAGGCGCCCGCUUCUGGUGGAGCUGAUGACGAUGAUUACAUCAAGGUCUCAACUGGAGAUGGAAAGACCGUCCGAGUCCACAGCGAGAAGUUCCAGGACAUGAUGCAGUCUGUGCAGCUACUGCACACCUUCGUGACGGAGAUGGAGUCAGGAUACUUCGAAGCCAUUCCUGACACGGCCCAGGUGCUGUUGCCUCUACUUUCGGCCACCGACGAUUCUUCCAUGCUUUGUGAGGAGGUCAGGGGAACGGCUCUGCAGGUGUGGGCCUUGCUGAUUAAGUCAGCUAAGCUUGGCGCGCAGGAGAGAGGCCAGGAUAACGUUAUGGCAAAAGAGCUGCUGCAGAAGGGCUUGGAGGCUGCUUUCCAACAGCUUCAGCAGUACCAGGACGCCGAAGUGCUUCAAGAGCUGUCAUCCGGUGUGGCCGAGUGUAUCAAGAACGUGGGUCCUGGUGUGCUUGGAAGCGACGAGGUGCAGAAGCUGACGGGUAGUGUCUUCACACUCAUGGACCAGUCCCUCCAGCGCAGCCACAAACAUGCCAGCGAGCAGGCCAAGGAAAAGCAUGAGGCCAGCGCCCUGCCGCAAGAGCUGCAUGCUGGCGAUGAAGAUGAAGAUGAGCAUGACCUCACUGCAGAGGAGGACCAGCUUCGAAGAAACUACGAAGAGAUCUUGGGAGCGAUGAUGAAGGUGUCUCCGGAACAGUUUUUGCCAUGCCUCUCCGGAUGCGCCCAGCGCAUCCAGCAGUGGGUGGCCACAAAAGAGAACAAGGUGCUGGGUCUGUACUUAGUCUGUGACCUUUUGGAUCACCUGAAAGAGCACUCAGAGAGCGCGUGGCCAAUCUUCAUGCCCAAGAUCUUUGAGUCCAUCCACGACGAAGAUGCUGAUGCAAGGACAGCAGCAGCCUACGCAGUGAACCUGGCCGCACCGCUCGCAAAGUUUGCUGAGGCAACACCGGAGGCAUUCAAACGCCUCGCUGUCGUUGUCGGAAAGCCGAAGCCCAAGAAGCGGGAUGAGAAGGCCAAGGUUGCCAUGGACAACGCGGUAGCUGCCAUGUUGUCGUUGCUGAAGGAUAAGGGCCAGCUGUGUCCUCCAGACAUUCAGGCCUGGGACCUGGUCCUCGCAAAACUCCCUCUGCGAGAUGACUGCGAAGAGGUGCUAAGAAGCUAG